GGAUAGAAAUAUAUAAUGAGUCAAAUAAGACAAAUGUUCUUGGGCGCAAAAGGGACAGUAGAUUUUCGGAAAUUUUAUAAAGUUUUUUUUCUCUUUUUGGUUCAAUUUCUUGUUUAUCCUAGAGUAUUCGGAAUAGAAGAGAGAAAGACAGAAGGAUACAAAGAAAGAAAUAAAGGGCAGGCAGUCGAACGAAAUUGCCAUGAGUGUUCCGUGGGAAUCGGUAGUCGUCAAGGUCAGAUUCGUUGUUCACACUAUGGGCCUGGCAGGAUGGGAUAAGAGCAGAAACCACUGGUCGAUAUUUCUUGUCCUUCAAGGUGAAUCCUCGUCAGUCCGGCUCAACAGGUCUCUCGCAAACGGCAGUGAUGAGAACGGAACCUUUAGCGUCACGUCGCAUCCAUUCGUGCUGUCGGACUCGCGGCUCACAUACUUUGAUUAUGAUACCUGCCCUGGCCUGCUUGUCGGACACUGUCUGAACCUCAUAUACACCAAACGCCGCAAUAAUUAUCGAAUGACCGGUUCUGGAAACGGAUGCCGGUUUUGGGUUUGGACAAUCUUCUCAGAUUUCGAAGUGCAGCGCUAUAUCCCAAUUACACCUGCGGAGAAGGAAGCUUUUGGUGCAUUAAUCCAACAACGAUACCACAGAAGCGCCCAUACACAGCAAAUUAUUGCUAUCUCGGACCCCAUGGAGAUUGGACAAUUCCUUUAA